CUGGAUGCAGUAGACUAGCUUCGGCAUUGCAUGAAUCAAUAGCUUCUGGGGUUUUUUUUGGGACAUACUGCAGAUUGGACUUACUAAACAAUAUACUGAAGACUAUAACUUUUGAACUUCAUGGUCAGGAGCCUUACUUUACACAACUAAAAGCUGAAAUACUGCGGAUGGUUACCAAUUGUGCCUGCAUUGAUUGAACAAAUUCUCUGGUGGUAUCAAGGCAUCGGCAUAUACCAGAUGGGUUAAAAACAAUUGAGGGAAGGUGUGCUGUUGGCAACUUUAACCAGCAUAAACACUUAAUAUACUUCUGAAUAAUCCGAUGCUGGAUUUUGGAGCCCCUGAAUCUCCUGUAAGGAAUAGACUAGCUACAGCUUUGCAUGAAUCCAUAGCUUCUGGGGCAUUUUUUGGGACGUACUGCAAAUUGGACUCUCUGUAUGAUGAGAGUGGGUUGAAGCAGAAAGAAAAAUGGGAUGAACUGAUCCGUGACAAGGGUUCUGAAUUAAAAGAUAUACUGAAGACUGUAACUUUUGAGCUUCAUGUUCAGGAGCCUUACUUCACUCAACUAAAAGAUGGGUUAAAAACAAUUGAAGGAAGGUGUGCUGUUGGCAACUAUAACAGGUAUGGCUCACACUUGAUAUGUUUUUGAAUAAUCUGAUGCUGGAUUUCGGUGUGUCGGUCCUUCUUUCCCACUGGGUGCUAUAUGCCAUUUAUGUUUCAUUGUCUUUAAGUAUAUUCUUUUGUUAAAUUCAUUCUUUGAAAGGGGAACCCUCCAUGAAAUUGAAGUCAGUAUCUGUGUGCCUUACCAACUACUGGUCCAUGCAUGGUGUAAUUGUUAGCUUGAGAUUUUUCUUUUGUUUUUCUUUUUGCUGGUUAUGCUGGCAACAUAUCUUGUAGGGAAUACUGAAAUAUAUUUCAAGGGUUUUCAUUUGUAUUUUCUGCUAAUUUGCUUCUGGUUCAGGAUUACCUCAGGGGCUAUGAUCCUCUUUAAUAAAUGCUUGGUGCUUGAGGUUCAGGUAAGUAAGAUGUCUAUCAUGCUCAUUUAUUCAUGCUUUCUUUUUUCUAAUUUGUUUCUUUAUAUUUCUUUUAACCGGUAGGAUAUUCACCAUCAUUCCUCAUUCUCGGAGAUGUUGGAAACAGAGGGUCUGACAAAAGUCGUUCCUGGAGUUCAGACAGUAGAAGAAGGGGUUAAAGUCUACAGGAAGUUUUACACAGAAGAGAAGGAGAAGUCCAAUGGUGUUCUUGCAAUUUUUGUGGCAAAAUUAGCCUGUCAACCCUACCUUACUCUAGCAAGAAUACUCUGUGGGUUGAGUUAUGCAGGGAUUCAAAGUCUUUUGAGUCGUGACCUAUGACACUGAGUAAGAAUUGACAACAUCAGGUCCUCUCUAUCUGCUUUCUAAUACAAAGUUGAAAGUAGAGGAGGAUGUCUGAUGGAGAGCUGUCAUGCAGAAAGCACAAUUCAUGACUCCAUCCAUUCAUCCCUUCAGUUUGAAAAAUUGUAGUAGUGUUGGCUUUGCCUGCUCAGACAUUAUUUGCACCAUUGCUGGCUGCUCCGAACUUCAGAUGGAUUGUUCGUUGAUGAGGAUAUUAUGUUCAAGAAAUAGUGAAUGAAAGGGAGGAUUCCUCUGUUGUAGAUUUCCCCCAACAAUGACUAGUGUAUUUCAUAAACAAUUGAAAGUUGA